AUGAUUAUCAAAUAUCAGAAAUAUCUUUUGACACUAUCAGCUGCCAUGUGGUUAAGCUUACAUUUUGAUUCUAAUAAUAUCUCGACACGAGUAAAUUUUCUCAAAAUAUAUGGGCUGUUCUCGUUGCUGGCUCACACAAGUGGAUGCGGUAAAGACAUCAGAAAUCCCGAACCUGGUGUGAUUCGAAACGAGCCAAAUGGUACAAAUGUAUAUGAAGGUGUACCAAUUGAUUAUUCUGGUGAAAAUGUCAGAAAAGAUGUAUUUUUGGACGUCCUUCGAGGAUACAAGAUGAAGGUAAAAGGAAUCGGAAGUGAACGAGUGGUAUUUAGUACGAAUAAAGACAAUAUUUUAAUUUUCUACACGGGUCUUGGAGGCCAUGGUGGAAUGAUUGAAUUCCCGGAUUCCGGCGAAGACACCUUUUUGCACGGAGACCAACUUGUAACAACUUUUCAACUAAUGCAAAGUCGUAAUAGUUAUAAAAAUAUAUUGAUGUACUUAGAAUCGAGUCAUUCUGGCGCCAUGUUCGAAAACCGUACACUUCCUCAUAAUAUAAACGUCUUGGCGAUUACCGCCGGUGGACCAGACGAAGACACAUAUGGAACGUUUUGUGAUAUGACCAUAGAACCGUGUCUCGCCGGUCUGUUUUCAUACGCUUGGAUGAAUUAUGCCGAAAACAAUCCCGACGGAUUGAGGAAGAGUCAAAGCAUAUUCGACCAUUUCGACUAUGUCCGAGACGCUGUGUCGGACACGGCUAAAGAACACCCUCAACUCUACGGUGACUGGAAUAUCGGAAGGUUACCGAUUAGUCAAUUCAUAGGUUACCAGCACCGCGAUACUCAGAGUUCAAAAACGAUGAAAAUAAAACUCAUCAGUGACUCUUCCAAGGACGACUUGACUUUCGACAAAGACUCGAUAAUUGCAGCAGGUGAAGUCCCUGUUGAGUAA